GAAGAAGAAGGAGGAGGAGGAGGAGGAGGGCGCUAACGCUCUGCAACGAGACAGACUAAAUGAAAUGUUGUAGUCAGGGGCACGCAUUUAAAUUGUUUAAAAGUUUAAAAGUCUUUUGCAAAGGACAACGAGUUUAUUUGCAGACACCAAGAGCUGAGGGCGAACAUGGCGUCUACGGAAACGGGAGACGGACCCGGAGGUCUGGAAACCAAUCACGCCUCUCCUGUGCAAGUCUCUGGCGCGUGUCUUGAUGUUAAUGUUGGGGCUAUAAAAUGGUGAAGACUUGCUGUGUACUUCACUGCCACAAACGGUCUCACGAUCGUCACGGGAAAAAGGUCGAUGGGCUGCGAUUUUUCUCCUUUCCCGCUUGGAAAAAAUGCCAGGGCCCUUGGGUCUCUGAGCUGACCAAGAGGCGCCGAAUGGCUUGGAUAUCAGCCGUGAGACGAUCAGACCUCACUUUCGACAACAUCACCCGACACAUAUUGGUGUGUUCACUACAUUUCCAUACCGGGAGGCCUGCUUAUGAAAUGAAUGAAACCCAUCCAGACUGGGCACCGUCUUUACAACUCGGACACACAGAGGUGAAACCUGCAGAUAUCAAGCGAUUUCAACGAAGGGCAAGGAGACAGCAGACGGUGACCGAGACCACAGAGUCUGUGGAAACUGUUUCAGUUCCUGCAGCAUCGGUGGAUGUCGGAGACCCGGAGACAAUUGUGACUCUUCCCUUAGACUUUCAGAACAGAAACGGGGGAAUAACACUGCUGCUACUAAUACAGAAAUGGAAACUAACGAGCCUAAAACUGCCGACCCUGUUUUACCUGGACCCCCCUCACAGACACUCACAACAGAUAAUAGAGAUCACGAUGCUGAUCCAGGUAGCACAUCGGAAUCAGACCAAGAUAACACUGAGGUGAAAACUGAGAAAGAGGAAGAGACGGUUACGAGGCGGGAUAAUGGCUUGGAGAAAAAAACUAUUCAACCGGAGGCUGGUGAGCACACGGACAUGGACACCGCAUCUGAUUGUAAAACGGAGUUUAAAGACGAAAACGUGGACACUAACGAGGAAGACGGCGCACAAAAGAAGGAGGCGACACCUGGCCAAGAGGUGAAGGUUUCUGCAGCUAACGAUCUGGAUGAGAUGAUGGACAUUGGCACCGUGGAUCAGAUGGAGCAGGAAGCUCAGAUGAAGGAGGAGGAGGAGCUGAACAGUGGGACGGAUGUGGAAAGCAGCCGCUCACCUGUCGAUUCAGACUGGGACGCAGCAGAAGAGAAAGAGAGAAGAGAAAAUGAAAAGAAGAAGGGGAAGCGACACAAGGAGGUGACACCGGAGGAACUGGACAAUUUAGAGGACGAAAAGGAUGAGAUUAACACGAAGAAAACCACGAGAUGGGCAGUCAAAACACUUAGAGACUUCCUGACUCAGAAAAACAUGGACAUCAACUUUGAGAGCUACACUGCCACUGCUCUCAAUGACAUUUUGCGGCUGUUUUAUGCCUCUGUCCAGUCGACCAAGGAAGGAGGACAGUACAGCGUUGCCAGUUUUAGGAGUCUGAGAGCCGGGAUUAAUCGCCACUUACGAGAAGUAAACAUCAUCGGCGACACGGCGUUCAAGACAAGUAAUGCUGUUUUCAAGGCGAUGCUGAAGCGCUACAGGAAGAGCGGGAAAGACACCAGCUUCCACCAUCCUCGUAUCCCCGAGUCGGAACUCGAACAAAUCAGAAGUUCGUCCGCGCUGUCUCCCGACACCCCCCUCGGCCUCGUCAGAAAGGUGUGGUUUGACAUCCAGCUGUGUUUGGCUCGGCGUGGCAGGGAGGAGAACCGCGAGCUGACGAUGACGUCCUUCACCAUCCAGAGAGACGAGGACGGCGUUGAAUACGUCAGUCUAGCGCAUAAUCCUCAAACAAAAAAUCACAAAGAUCCGAACGACCCACACAAGAAAAACCUGAGAGGUUUCAUGUACGCCAGGCCCGAUGACCCCCUGUGUCCAGUGCAAAGUUUUAAGAAGUACAUCUCUAAAUGUCCCCCAGAAGCUAAAUCGUUUUAUCUGCACCCGAAACGCUCCGUCGCCGUGGCGUCCGAUGUGUGGUACUCCAGGGAGCCGAUGGGCGUCCACUACCUGGGAGACAUGCUCAAAAAAAUCUGCGAAGAGGUGCGUUUGCCACGGCUAUACACAAACCACAGCCUCCGGAGCACAGCUGUAGGCCGACUUUCAGACGCCGGCCUGGAAACUCGCCAGAUUAUGUCUGUGACGGGGCAUCGGUGUGAGCGCAGCCUGGAAGCUCAUUCGGCUCCGUCAGUACAGGAGAGACCGGAGAGGAGCAACAUUUUGUCGUCCCCAAACGUCCCAGCCAUCAGUGUGUCGGUGGGUGGGGACAGAAACUGUUUAGAGGAGGAAGCCGACGUGAAACCAUCGGCUUCAGACUUGAUGCAGUCCAGCUUGACUCCGUCGUCAGACGCAGCGACGAAUGCAGGAUCCGAUGACUCGUCACCAGCGACGAUGAUGAACGGGAUGAAAGUGGUCAAAAUGUCGUUACCAAAACAUGAGAAACCGAAUACCUGCUCGGUCAAAUCGUCUCCGUCGCCGCCUCUGGUUAAAGUGAAGGAGGAGCCGGUGGACGAGGAGUACGAGCAAGCCGUCACGUCAUCUACUUCUACAGCCACGGUGAAAGAUGAGCCGAAUACUGCAAAGGAGGACCUGAGGAUCGGUUCGGUCUUCUCCGUGCCCGCGGCCUCCGAAACCCAGUCCCUUCCCAUCAUCCACCCCUCGUCCCUCCAGAUGUCCUGCUUCCACUGUAAGAAGAGCCUGAUAAAAGGACAGACCGCGUUCCAGAGGAAGGGCUUCUCCUCGCUCUUCUGCUCCACCACCUGCCUCACCGCUUCGCUCCCGGCCGUCAAAGGAGUCGCCAAGAUCUGCCACAACUGCCAAAAGUUGAUACUUCGGGCUCAGGACAUCAUCCUGGCACCGGACAACGAAGGGAUUGUGAAGGAGUUCUGUGGCCAGAACUGCCUGACCUCCUUCAACUACAAAGAAAACGCCAAGAAAUUCUCCCCCAACUACACGAAAGCGGCGGUCGUCGCUAAAACGGCUCAGCCGGCGGCGCCCCAGUCCCUCUGCAGCAUGUGCACCAGAUACUGCAUCAGCAAACACGAGGUGAUCCUGAGCGGCGCCGUCCACAAGAUCUGCAGCGACGCCUGCUUCAACCGAUUCCGUGCGGUGAACAACCUGUCCAUGGCCAGCUGUGGCAACUGUGGCUCCUACUGCCACAACAAACCCCUGCUGCUGAAGAUGGAGGGCACCAGCAAAACCGUGUGCAACACAGAGUGUUUGGCCAAAUACAAAGAGAAAACCAAGAUAACUCAGCCGUGCACGAUGUGUCGAACCACCCACAUGAUCGCAGACAUGGUGGACAGCAAAAACAACGACGACUCUGUGAAUCUGUUCUGCAGCAGCAGCUGUGUGAUGGCGUUCAAGGUCCAGACUGUCAGUGCUUCAGGCGCUCGGUUGGUUUGUGACAGCUGUGGAAAAAACACUGUGCCGGCCUAUCACCUGGCCAUGUCAGACACCACCAUCAGGAACUUCUGCACUUUACCUUGUGUCGUGGCUUUUCAGGAAAAGUUCAAGAAGUCCCAGAAACACCUGAAUAUUUUCACAAAGUUGCCCAUAGGAUCCACUCAAAUCCAGACCGUCAGUCCUCCUCAACCACAGCAGGAAGUCAAAGGGAAGUCACAGAAACUGAACUGCUUCCAGUGCGCCAGCGGCAUCACGUCCAAACCAGAGCUCGUCCAGAUCAAGGACAAGAUGGUGUUUCUGUGCAGUGCCGACUGUUCGCACGAGUUCAAGAGAGUGAACGGCGUGACGAGCCUCUGCGAGUACUGCAAGAUCGAGAAGAUCACCAGAGACGCCAAGAGGAUCAACAACAAGGACUGUUUCUUCUGCAGCGACGGCUGUAAACUCCUCUUUAGACACGAGCUCAGUAAAAACUGGGGGAAACAUUGCCACUCCUGCGCUUACUGUCAGUCGGUGUCGAAGAAGCUGGUGACGGCUCAGUACGGAGGCUCCACGGAGGAGUUCUGCUCCGAGGAGUGCAGGUCCAGAUACACCAUGCUCUUCUGCCACGUUGCAAAGUGCGACACAUGCGGGCGUAAAGGCAAACUGAAGCAGAGUCUUUCUAUGCUCGGAGAAGUCAAACACUUCUGUGACCUGAACUGUUUGCUGCAGUUCUGCAGUGAAAAAGCAGCCUCGCCGCAGGACGUCUCAAAGGCCAGGGCGGCGGAGCCCACGCCCGUUAUCGCCAACGUCAUCUCACUCGCAGGCCCGGCAACGGGAAAAUCAAACGCUUCCAACAACACUACCCAGCAAAGCUCAGUCGCUACUAACUCUCAGUCAAAAACCUCUGGACAUAUCAGCGUUCAGACCGAACCCGUGAAGGAUCCUCAUCCUCCUCCCGCUCCAAAAAUCCUGAAGAACAAGGCUCUGAUGUGUCGACCGCUGGUUCAGAACAAAGGGAUCUCCUGCAAAACGCAGACGGUUGAUGUCGAGGCGCAGACGGACGACGUAUUUCCUAAGGUCAUGGUGGUGCCCGUUCCUGUGCCGGUGUACGUUCCUGUACCGAUGGGCAUGUACAGCCAGUGCACCCCCAAACCUGUGGGCCUGCCGCUACCUCUCCCGGUGCCGAUGUUUCUUCCCGUGACGGUGAACAGCGCCGAGCGCAUCAUGGAAACCAUCCAGGAGAUCAAGCAGAAGAUCCCGUCCGACCCGUACGAGGCGGAGCUCAUCCUCAUGGCCGAGAUGGUGGCGGAGCAAGAAGAGAACAACAACAAGGAGGUGGCGCCGAAAGAAAAGGAGACGGAGGAGAAAGAGGAGGAGGAGGAGAAAGUGUUGGAGAGACACGAGGCACCUGCUGCGUAUGAUCACCUCAGUAACUACAGCGACGACUUGGACACAGACGACUUGGACACUUUACUCAACAACUGGGAGGACCCGUCCUCCGACACGGGUCACAAGUCGCCCAGUCAACCGAGCGCCCCCAAAAAGCCAAGCCCCACUGUAGAGGUCCCCGUAGCCGAGCCCAGCGAAGCUUCCUCUCAGCCGAAACCUCGAGGCCCCCCUCCCAUGGACCUCGAAGCCGACCUCCCUGUUGAAACUCUGGAGAAGUUGGCGAAAGAGAGAGAGCAGUCCCUCAAACCUCCGAGUCCUCCGCCUGCUACUACACGACGACGGCAAGCUCACAGGAAAGCCAGAGACAAGAGGGGUCGUAAGUCGCAGCGGUUGUCGAAGACGUCAGAAGCUGCUGCUCUAAAAGCCUCUGCCAAGAAACCUGCCGCCCCCCCCAAACUGAAGAGUCAGUAUGGAGUCGAUGCGUGGAAGGGGUGGAUCAAUUGGAGGCAAACUCAGCCCGACUUGGGCAAACCACGCUUCAACUCACGUCCCCUGGAGUUAAAGGAGGACGUUCUCCGCUGCACCACCACUGAGCUCAGCUACGGCCUCUGCUGCUUCAUCCACGAGGUGAAACGACCAAACGGAGAGUCGUACUCCCCCGACAGCCUGUUCUACCUCUGCCUCGGCAUCCAACAGUAUCUGUUCGAGAACGGUCGAGUGGAGAAUAUAUUCAUGGACCGCUUCUACACUAAGUUCUCCUCUGAAUUCACUGAUAUGCUGAGAGGUUUCACACCUUCAGUCACAGCGAGCGGUUAUAUUCACUCCCGAGUGGAGGAGGAGUUUCUGUGGGACUGCAAACAGCUGGGCGCGUACUCCCCCAUCGUCCUCCUCAACACUCUGCUCUUCUUCUGCUGCAAAUACUUCGGCUUCACCACGGUGGAGCAGCACCGCCAGCUCUCCUUCGCCCACGUCAUGCGCUGCACCAAAGCCAACCAGAACGGCACCAAGACCACCUUCCUGCGCUUCUACCCCCCCAUAUCCCCAGAACCAGAGCCAGAGGUUGUUGCAGCGAAGAGACGUAGAGAGGAAGAAAGCAAAGAAGACAUCCUGGAGAUGGGGGAGAACAAGGACAACCCCCUUCGCUGUCCAGUCAGACUCUAUGAGUUCUACUUGUCCAAGUGCUCGGAGUCGGUGAAGCAGCGCACCAACCUUUUCUACCUUCACCCCGAGCGGUGCUGCGUCCCGAACAGCCCCCUGUGGUUCUCCUCCACUCCUCUGGACGACGGCACCAUGGAGGCCAUGCUCACCCGCAUCCUCACCGUCAGGGAGCUGCAUGUCGGGAGGACGAAAGGCGGCAAAGCGGCGAGCGACGACCCCCCGUUUGUACCCGACGAGGAGGAGAACGAGGAUUCGGAGUGAAGCAGAGAAACAGAAGUGACCUUUUACAGCUGAUGGUGUAAAUAUUUGUAGAUUCACUGAGAUGUUAAUGCAGUAAACACAAAUCAACAGAAUAAAACUCGUAACUACAAAAGUGUCAAACUGUGAGUGACGGAAAAAUCUUCAAAUGCACAAAGGUGAUGUCGAUGGGACUGAGAUGAUCGACUCGACGCUCGUACUGUUUCCUGCUGCUCGGCCGGACACACAUCUGUUCUUCUGUCUUUUGUGGAUCCUUCUCAUCUAUCGUUUUUGUUCCCUUACACAUGUUCUAGUUUAUUACAUUUCUCUGCACAUUGGACUUUGCAAACUUUACUUCUCGGCGUCAUCGAGGUCCAGAGUAAAGAGCUGGAAGGCUGCUGUCGUGGAUUAAAUAUUAAACUCAAACUGAAAAGGUCUCUUUGGGAUGUAGGUGUGACUCAUCUAACCAGCAAAUUAUUUCCAGAUCAGCUGUUUUCCACAGUCUUCGUACUCCAGAGGAUUGUUUUCCCAAAAAUAAUUGGAGCGCACGUAAUAAAAACAAACGCAAAAUAAUUAAUAAUUCCAAAGUGUGACAUGACGAUGGCUGUUUCCUCCAUUAUCUGUCGUGAUUUGUUUUGCCAUGAUAAAUGUUAAAUACUUACACAAGUCACUAUUUGUGCUUUGUUAAUUUGAGUCUUUUUUUUUAUGCUAAAUUACACAAUCAUACGUUUUCAUAUAUUGUCUAGAAGACGACCUUUUUUUUUUUCUUAGCUGAUGUGAGUAAAAUUUGAAAUUGAUCUGAAACUGAUAUUGCUGUUAAACGAAAUCCAAUCAAUCCGAGUUUGAUGUUAAUAUUGGAUCACUAUUGGAGAUGCUACCCACAGAGUCCGUGACUUCUUGCCUAAUAAACCAGUAUCAUAUAAGAACAAAUAAAUGAUUCUUUUUAUGGUCAUGUUAGUUAUUUUAACCCACGGGUCUUGGAGGUAUUUUCUAUUGUUCGUUUUGAAUAAAAAUAGCUGAAAAACA